GCUCAGCUCUGCCGUGACGUCACGCACGUCACGGCACGUCGGUCUGUUUUGGUUCCUGAAAGAAGAAUUCAAUGACGUUAACAUACGUGAGGAAUGGCGAGCUAGAACUAUCGCGUCUCCGGAAAUCCUUCCUCUCAGCGAGACGCUCGGCUCUCGUUUGUUUUAAAGCUCGUGUGUGUGUUUAUAUUUGUUUUUAAUUAUUAUUUUAUUUUCCUAUGGAAAGGAACCGUCUCGAGAACGGGAUGCUGUGUCAAAAUCAGAAGCAGGUGGUGAACAGCGAGAGGCGCGAGCUCGAGCACGCGGCCAAGCAGGUCCGGUUCGCGGGGAAAAGCAGCAGCAUGAGCGCUGGUACAGCACGAGGAGGAGAACCGGUGGUUGCUAACGCUAAUGAAAACACGCCCCACAGUGACACAGCGAAACAGAUCGGACCUCAACUCAAACUUCUGCCUUUAAACGACCAAAUCCGAGAGCUGCAGACCAUCAUCCGGGACAAGUCCACCAGUCGAGGUGAUUUUGUGUUUUCUGCUGACAGAUUGAUAAGACUGGUGGUUGAAGAGGGACUCAAUCAGCUUCCUUACAGCGAGUGCACUGUGAUCACGCCCACAGGUCACAAGUAUGAUGGGGUGAAGUUUGAGAAGGGAAACUGUGGUGUGAGCAUCAUGCGCAGUGGCGAGGCGAUGGAGCAGGGUCUGAGGGACUGCUGUAGGUCAAUCCGGAUCGGGAAGAUCCUUAUCCAGAGCGACGAGGAGACUCAGAAAGCCAAAGUUUUCUACGCCAAGUUUCCUCCUGACAUCAGCCGCAGGAAGGUGCUGCUAAUGUACCCCAUACUGAGUACGGGGAACACAGUGAUUGAGGCGGUAAGGGUUCUAAAGGAACAUGGUCUCCAAGCCAACCACAUUAUACUGCUGAGUCUUUUCUCCACACCCCAUGGUGCAAGGUCCAUAGUAAAGGAGUUUCCUGACAUCACAAUCCUCACGACCGAGGUUCAUGCUGUUGCUCCCACACACUUCGGCCAGAGAUACUUCGGCACAGACUGACACACACACACACACACACACACACACACACACACACACACACAGAGCCCGACUGACCCGUCAUGGGUCGUCCAGCUGCCCAGGAAGUAUUGUAACAUUUCUGGUCCAUUUUCAGUGUUUCUGAAACGUUCAUGCUUGGUAUUCUCCUGCGUUUGCUCUCGCGUCCCGGACCGUACACACCAUGGACAACGUCUGCGUGGAGAUUCCGUGACCAAAGUGAGUGUGGAGCACGGUGUCCGUCUGAUGCCCCACCCACAUUCAUUAUGGACACGCGUCUUCACCAUACUAAGACGGAGCUCAGCGACUGUCCACACGGCUACAGAUAUUUUCAGAACACAGUUGUAUUUUCUCGGCGUCUUGGCGUCCUGUCCUCACCGACCACAUCUUUUUAUUUACUGACAGCGAAGCUUUUCAAAAAUUGCACUUGUGUGUUACGAAUGUUUUGCUAAGACUCUGAACAAGUUGUUACUAAAAAUGAUGCGCGCUGUACUGCACCUUAAUCCUGACGAAACUGUUCAUCACUGUCGCGCAUGUUUGUUUUUCGAUAAACAGCUCUCGCGUGGACGGCGUUGUUGUGUCGAAAGGCGGUGAACGGAAAUCGUUACGUCAACGGAGCUGCUUUGGGAAAACGCUGUUCAGUUAACGCUCGUCCAGCGCGGAGAGAUCGCUGCUACUUUAACCCACACGCUGAAUUUACACUGAAACCAAGGAGAUACUCGCCUGUAAAUAAAAUCCUAAUCGAUUUGUACCAGUCAAUCACCUCCGGAGCCCCGCCCACAUCCAGCAACAUCUAUAAAAUACAUUUAUCGUCAAGAACGUUAAUCUUAUUGGAGCUCGUAGGCCUGACGAAAAUUGUAUUAAAUGUAAAAAUCCAAAGGCUUGACACAUCUGGAUGUGGGCGGGGCUAAACACCUUCAGCCUUCCACCACAGGGCAUCCGAUUGCAACGUUUGGCGUGACUUUCCCACGCGCUCACGUUGUCCGUCUUGUGUACGGUCCCGUGCGCGGGAACACGAGGUUCCGCAGCGUACUAGAGCUUACAGAGGGCACAGCGUCCAGCUUCACGCUCAUCCUCGGGAUUACUCCUCCACUUGAUAAUAUAUAUAUUAUAUAGAAAUAUAAAAAUAAAAUAUUUUGUACUAAAGCAGCUUGUUUUCAUUUUCAUCAGAUUGUGUGUGUGUGAGAGAGAGAGAGACUUUCUGCCACUUCCUGCUGGAAGAACUCCAGAUGUUGGGCUUUGAUAUUCCUUUAUUUAGUAGUUAAUUACUCAGAUUUCAUCAUCAAUUAGCCAGAAAGCGAAAACAUUCCCUCGGAUUCUUUAUUAGAGUAUCAUCAUCAAGCCUGCCUUUUUUUAACUUCCCGAGUAACGACAGGUGUAAACACGUUUUGUUUUCCUCCUUGUAUUAAACAUGCUAGCGACUGCGUAGCGACUAGCCCACUC